AAUGGUGGAAGGCUUUCAUCUAAACCAGCCAGUUUGGAUAUAAUAUUCCUAAGACAGAAAGGUUAAAAUGAAGAGAGCACUUGAAGAUUAACUUCAGUGUGAAUAAUAUACCAACGUGAAUGAUGUCAGAUGACUCAAACUAAACAAAGGGGAGUGAUGGCAGAAGGUAAUGGUGGUGGUGACCCGGGGUCACAAAUAGAUGGCGAACGAACAGAAGAUUACCAGAAAUUAAUAAAUUAUGGACUAAAUGAAAAAGUUGCAGCAAAACUAGAUGAAAUCUACAAACAAGGCAAACUGAGACAUGAAGAUUUGGAUGAGCGGGCUUUAGAUGCAUUAAAAGAAUUUCCGGUUGAAGGUGCAGUCACAGUACUCAAACAGUUCUUGGAAUCAAACCUAGAACAUGUAUCUAAUAAAUCAGCUUACCUCUGUGGUGUAAUGAAGACGUAUAGGCAGAGGAAACAGUAUAACACAGACAGUAUGGCUGUCAACCCAGGUAAAGGACCAAAUGAAGAGAAUUUGAAAGCAAUCCUGGAGCGGUCAGGGUACACACUAGAUGUAACAACAGGACAGAGAAAAUAUGGUGGUCCCCCACCUAAUUGGGAAGGUCCACCCCCGGGCCCAGGAUGUGAAGUGUUCUGUGGUAAAAUCCCCAAAGAAUUGUACGAAGAUGAGUUGAUUCCUCUAUUUGAAAAAUGUGGGGAGAUAUGGGAUUUACGCCUUAUGAUGGAUCCGAUGACAGGUCAAAAUAGAGGUUAUGCCUUCAUUACUUUCACCACACGCUCGGCUGCAAAUGAGGCAGUCAGGCAGGAAUCGUCAUGUCUUUUGCAGCUGAAUGAAUAUGAAAUUCAGCGCGGCAAAAAAUUAGGGGUCACUAUUUCAUACAACAAUCAUCGAUUGUUCGUAGGAAAUAUCCCCAAGAACAGGGAGCGACAUGAAUUAUAUGAGGAGUUUGCAAAGCACGCACCUGGUCUCGUUGAAGUGAUAAUUUACAGCUCCCCAGAUGAUAAGAAGAAGAAUAGAGGUUUCUGCUUUUUGGAGUAUGAGUCACAUAAGGCUGCUUCCUUGGCAAAGCGGCGAUUAAGUUCUGGACGGUUCAAGGUUUGGGGCUGUGAAAUAAUUGUAGAUUGGGCAGAUCCUCAAGAAGAACCAGAUGAAGAUACAAUGUCUAAGGUUAAAGUUUUGUAUGUAAGAAACCUCACCCAGAUGACAACAGAGGAAAUGCUUAAGGAGAAAUUUGAUGAAUUUGGAAAAGUUGAACGUGUUAAAAAGAUUAAAGAUUAUGCUUUCGUUCACUUCGAGGAGAGAGAUGAGGCUGUAAAGGCGAUGGAUGCGCUACAAGGGAAGGAUCUUGGUGGUGCCAAUAUGGAGAUUUCCUUGGCUAAACCUCCAUCUGAUAAAAAGAAGAAAGAAGAAGUUCUUCGGAAUAGAGAAAAAAGACUUAUGCAGAUGCUAGCACAGAGAGGGAUUGCAGAGACAGACCCACACACAGGACAAAGGAUGCCUGUGCCCCCGGCCAUGCUGCGUGGCGGGCGGGGAGGGGGUCGAGGGGGCGGUCGCAGUGACUAUGAUUAUGAUUACGACUAUUAUGGUUAUGGCGAUUAUCAAGGUGGCUACAGUGACCCGUAUUACGACGACUAUUACCGUUACGAAGAUUACUAUUACGAUUACUCCCCGUAUCCUAUGGGGCGUGGUCGCACCAAAUCAGUGCCGGCUGGCCGUGGGUAUGGUAUGGCGAACCGUGGCCGCGGCGCUGUCCCCUCCCCCCGUGGGGGGCGGGGUAUGGUGCCCCGAGGGGGGGCCAUGGGGGGGCGUAUGACUCGGCCGCCGCGCGCGGGGCAGGGGUUCAGAGGGUCCGCCAGGGGGGCAAAUCUAGCAGGUAAAAGAAAGUUGGAUGGCGGGCACCAGAACGAGGGGGACUCAAAGAGACGGUUCCAGAACACCGGUGCUAGCUGGGGGAACCAGCCUAUCCCACAGCAGCCGCUGAGCUCAUACAGUGGGGCCAACGGCAGCAAGUACGGCGGGGCAGGCGGGGACCAGCAAUGGUACCACGACAGCUAUCCACAAUCGUGGAGCUGAGGUGUAAGCGGGUGGGCCGCCAGCACCAGGUGUAGAGGGUGGGGCGGGGGCAUGGCGGGGCACAACUCCACUAAGUACAGUAUGUUGGUCUGUCCAAGAAAGCUUGUUCUCAGGCACAGAAGGACAUUCCUGCCACUUGUAUGUAUGGGAGAAGUAUCGGUGCUAGCAUCGGAUACAGGGCCCAUGGAUGAUGGCCGCCCCACCAGUGCUGCGUCAGUGGGGCCUGGAGAGGGCCGGCUGCCAAUUCCUGGUCGUACUUUUGUUUGGCCAGGGUGAGGAGCCGCAGUCCACCCCACCAGUGAGACAUGUACCUGAAAAACAUCUCCACCAUACCCAAACCCACCAGGUCAGUUGGGUAAUAAAACAUAACUAAAUCUAGUAGGAGGAAGUCUCACAAGAGUGCUGCUCUAAAUUUAAUCACUGUUAACCACUAGGAUGAAAAAAAGCCAAACUGUGUUCAUAAAAUUUCAAUCCAAGUGGUUUUAAUGAGCAGGCUGUUUUAUUCCCGCUUACUUUGUGUUUCACAUGCAAUCUUCUUGUCUUUCAAUAAAAUCUAAAGGAAUAGUUCCCAUUACAAACCUCUAAUAUGUCCAGCAGUUUGCCCCCCUAGUUCUGGAGACUAAUCAAUUCAGUGGAAAUGGUUAGUGGAAAAAUAGCUGCCCAAAUUCCUGUAUUAGAAUUGAUGUCAGUGCUACAACAGCAGUACCAUUUCCUAUUAUUCAGGUGUGUCCAUCAAUAAAGAUUUUGCCUUCCUCUUCUUCAUGAAGUAUAUGAUACAAGGUCAUUCAUAAAAGGGGAAAUUGCCAAUGGAAUUUUCUUGUUUAUUAGCAUUUAUAAGCAAUUUACCAAAGUUAUAGCAGCAUCAGCAUCAGAACCUUCCAUCCAGUUUGCCCCAUAUUACACUGUUUAUACAUAUUUUUUUCCCCAAAAGGCGGUCCUGCAUGCACAUUUCAGUGACCACACUAUUUUCUUUUGGUAUCCCUAAAUGCUGUGUCCACUGAAUAACUCUUGAACCUUGCUACUUGAUUUGUAGUUCUUAGUUGGCAUUAAGCAGAUGCUCAGUGCAAGAUUGAUUCAAUGCUCGUGAACAUAUUGGAAUGUUGUCAGAAACCAAUUCAAUGGAACCCAAUAAUUUAAGAUUUAACCCAUAUAGGUAUUGCAGUAUUUGUGAAUUUAAGCAUGAUUUUUAUGGAUUUUCUUAUGUACUAAUUAGAAAUAUCCAUAUCCAGUGAUUGUAGACUGGUUGAGGUGAUUGUUGUAGAUUGAUUGGUCAGAAAUUAAAUUUGUUUGGAAAUGUACAUAUCUGGAUGCAAAUGUUACUCAUGCGAUCUGUGGAAGGGUGACCAGUGUAUGAGACACACAUUGCCAGUCACAGGGAAAGAUUUGGUGUGUUUGGAUGACAAAGCAGUUAUCUUUGGUGGAGAUUGGACCAACUGGCUGUGACUAACUUGCGAAGACUUGAAAUGUAGAGUUUAUUGUGUGUGUUAUCUAGGGGCUGUCAAACAGAGAAUAUCUGGGAACUGAAAUUUUGUUUUCGGUAUUCCAGGUUCUCGAGUCCUUUAGGACAGAUUGUGGUUCCUGAUAAUGAAUUGUUGUAUUCAUAGUUAUAAGAAUUUCUUGUGAUAAGUAAACCAGAGCUAGUUGAUAGAUGCUCCUUUUUUUUUUCUUUUUUUUUUCUUUUAAUAUUAUUAUGAUAAUUGGACUGCACUCUUGUAUAAGUUGUGCAAAAGUUAAUUUUUAUAGGCUUCAUUUAAGUCAUAUAUUCUUUUAAAAAGUGUUAUUACAAGAUUUGAAUUUAUUAUUAUAAGUUUGAUUAGGUAAAAAAAAAUAUGUAUUCUUAAACAGUUAUCUAUUAUGCUCAUUUGAUUGGCAGUUUACAUAGCAAAGGCAGUUUUAUUAUUAUUAUUAUUAUUAUUAUUAUUAUUAUUAUUAUUAUUAUUAUGUAUUGCUACACCUGUAUCAUUACAGGUGAGAGUAUAUUAGGUUGCAGUAAAAUUGAAUUGGAUCCUCAAGUUUCUAGACUUGUGAUGACCUUGGACCAGACUAAAUAUACUACAUACUGAGAAUUGGCACUUGAAUGAGUUAGAUUUGGCUCAUAUAUGUCUGUUAUAAGUUGAAGGUGAUUUAGUGGAAAUUAGAUGUAUUUUUAGCUAAUGCCAGAUGUGUAAAUUGGGUUUGCCAGUUGUGGUGUCAGCUACAUGUAUGGUAAAAAAAAUAUAUAUAUAUUAAAUAAAGAGUAACGGAAGGAAAAAAAUAAGUUAAAAAAGACCAUACAUAAGUUUGUGAUGUGACCCCGAGGCCUGCUGCAGCACCCCACCAUAUCAAUCAAUAUUGGGAGGUGGGAUGUUGUUCAUUGCAUGUUGAAAUGAUCACAUUAUCCACUCUUACAUACUCAACAUACCUGAGCAUUAGUCAUUGUUUUAUGUGUUUUCCUGCAUAGUGAGUGGGUAAUGUUGACAAAAAUUGUUUAUAAAUCAGAGUGUUUAAAAAAUGUUUAAAGCUUUUUAAGUUGCAUAUAUGAGAAAAAUAUAACAUUUACCUUACUCUUGUAGCUAUGGACAACACACUGCGCUUCAUUUUAUGAUCAUUAUUAUAUUUUCUAAAGUGUAUAGUAAAAAAAAAAGACAUAUAUUCAAAAGUGUAUAGUAAAUAUUCAUUAACAUAGAUAUAUUCUAAAGAAUAUAGUAAAAUUUUCUCAAAUAUAUUGUUGUAGUAUUCUGGGACAUCAUAAGAUAUUGAAAGUGCAUGCCAUGUAAUGCUAAAGAAUAUGACUCAUUAGUUAUUUCUAAUGAACCAUUUUUAAUAUUGAUAUGCCAUCAAGCAAUGGUAGUAGGUUUGCAGUUUGUAUAAUGAUAAUGACUAGUAAUGGUCAUCAACAAGUAUGUGUUUGUUUUUGAUCAUUGGAGUUGUUGACAAUGCAUUAUCUGCAGUAGUAUUUUAAUUUUCAGACAAAGACUUGCCUCUUCAGUAACUUAUGUUCAGCCAAUUUCGAUACGGCAUAUAUUAAGUAUGGACACUUGACUUUGGUAGGACAUUUUCCUUUAUUUUAUCUACCGUACCGUCGAUCACACAACGUCCACAAAGAUUUGUUAAAGAGUUUGUCAGGAGAUAUUGGUGAUGUAUGCGUGUACUGUACACUGUAAGGUUAGUAUGUUCAAGAGGUGGUUGCCUUAGCCAAGAGGACUGAAGGGAGGUUGUACCACAAGCUGGAUCUUGGGAGUCCGAGACUCGACUGUACCCAGUGAUUGAAUGGAAGUAAAGGAGAUUUCCAUUGGUU